AUGGGGUUCCAAAACUUGGUUUUAACAUUUUUUAUGGUAGCAUUAGUUGUUGGCCAAUAUGGAGAUUGUAGAGGCAUUAGCAAUCACUCACCCAAUAAAAAACUUCAUGGUGGUUUCGUUCAAAGAAGUGGCACUCAUUUUCUCUUGAAUGGGAGGCCACACUACAUAAACGGCUUCAAUUCCUAUUGGUUAAUGUAUGUAGCAUCUGAACCUUCUACAAUGUCCAAAGUCACCACAACUUUUCAAGAUGCUUCCCAGCAUGGUUUGAAUGUAGCAAGAACAUGGGCCUUCAAUGAUGGAGCUGGUUAUAAAGCCCUCCAAACUUCCCCUGGUUCUUAUGAUGAGAGUGUCUUCAAGGCAUUGGAUUUUGUGGUAUCAGAAGCAGGGAAAUAUGGAGUGAAACUGAUACUGAGCUUAGUGAAUAAUUGGAAGGAUUAUGGUGGAAAAUAUCAAUAUUUGCAAUGGGCAAGAGAACGAGGCCAAUCAGUGAACAGUGAUGAUGAUUUCUUCACAAACCCCGUUAUUAAACAAUAUUACAAAAACCAUGUCAAGGCUGUGCUAACGAGAAAGAAUACUAUAACUGGAUUGACGUAUAAGGACGACCCAACCAUUUUCGCAUGGGAGCUUAUUAAUGAACCUCGCUCCGUAUCAGACAAUUCUGGAAAAACACUUCAGGAUUGGGUGAGUGAGAUGGCUGUGUAUGUGAAAUCCAUUGACCCAAACCAUUUACUAGAGGUUGGGCUUGAAGGAUUCUAUGGUGAAUCAAUGCCAGAAAAGAAGCAGUUCAACCCUGGAUACCAAGUUGGAACUGAUUUCAUUACCAACAACCAAGUUCCCCAAAUCGAUUUUGCCACCAUCCAUCUCUACCCUGAAACAUGGGAAGAGAAGUCAGAUGAAGCCGGCCGAAAUGCGUUUGUUGAAGAAUGGGUCCAGGCCCAUAUUCAAGACUCAAAUGAUGUUCUUAAAAAGCCCAUUCUUAUUACCGAGUUUGGAAAGUCUUCAAAUACUCCAGGAUAUACAGCGGAUAUGAGAAACAAUUACUUUCAGAAAAUGUACAAUUUCAUAUACAAUAGUGCUAGCAAUGGAGGGGCAUGUGCUGGUGGGCUUUUUUGGCAGGUCAUGGGCCAAGGUGUCAGUGGGCUCGGUGAUGGGUAUGAAGUUAUUUUCGAGGAGGUUCCUCCUUCAACGGCUAGUGUCAUCACACAACAAUCUCAAAGGAUGGCAAAUAUUAAAUAGCAUAACAUAAUGUCCACACACAAAAGAAGAAAAUCUUCUCAUGUUCUUAAAUAAUUGUCAUUUUAGCCAUCACAAAUGGUGGCAUACAUAAUACUACGCAAUGUAAUGAAUCAAAAUAAAGGAUAAGGAAUAAUAUUCAAAAUAUUUUUUUAAUCAAUAAA